AUGGCUGCUGCAUCUUCGAGUUCAAGUUCGGCAGAGCAAGACGCGCUCAAGGCGCUUACGUUUCAACGCCUGCACCCCAAGACAUAUCUUGAGCGGUUCUUGGCAGAGGAUGUCCGGCCAGAUGGGCGAAACCUUGAUGAGUGGAGGGACGUCUCGGUGAUUGUGGACUCGAUAUCGACGGCAAACGGCUCUGCGCUUGUCCGGCUAGGCUCAACUACGGUGGUCUGUGGCGUGAAGGCAGAGAUUGCAGAGCCUGAGCUGGACCGUCCAGAGCAUGGCUUCCUAGUUCCCAACCUCGAUCUCCCGGCUAUAUGCUCUCCAAAGUUCAAGCCCGGACCUCCGACAGAUGAGGCACAAGUGCUCUCAGAUAGGCUGAAUGAGGUCCUCGUCUCGUCAGGCGUGGUGUCCACAAAGUCAUUAUGCAUCGAGCCAGGAAAGGCUGUCUGGGUGCUCUACGUCGACGCGACAUGCAUAAACUACGAUGGCAACGCGUUUGACGCGACUUUGCUCGCCAUGGUCGCCGCUCUCAAAAGCACGACACUGCCAAAAGCGACAUACGACGAGGAAACAAAGCGCACGAUAUGCUCGAGAAAGGUGCAGGAACCACUGCAAAUUGGCCGACUUCCCACUUCGUUCUCGUUCGGCGUUUUCGAUGGAACACAUAUUUUGGCGGACCCCACAUCUUUCGAAGAGCCGCUGCUUGAUACCACCAUCUCGGUGGUGGUCGACGAGAGCGGGGGGUUGACAUCCGUGAUGCAGCUCGGGCUGGGCAUCGUGGGUGCAGACGACGUGCUGAACAAGUGCAUCGACGCAGCCAAGGAGUGUUGGUUAGACACGCGAAGAGAUGUCUAUGGGGCGACAUGA